CCCGAAAUUACUGUUUAUUUAGAAGAAAAACGAAACAUAGGAGCUGAGAUUUUAUUUUCUUAAAAUAGCUAAACGAAAAUCAUUAAUUGGCAUGAUCCGUGUAGUAGCUAAGAGUUCCUUUACGAAAACCUAAAAACACCAUUUUCAUGCAACUGGUAAGGUAGUAAUUCCCCAUCCCAACAGGUCAAAUAACUUCACACUUUACCCCUAUAUAUACUGAACCCUUUCAUCCUCUCCUAAUUCAUAUCUACAGCAGAGUAAUCAGUACUUCCAUAACAAUACUUCAUAAAUAUUCCUCCAAAUUAAAGUUUUUUUUUUUUUUUACAGCAAUUAAGACGAAAAAAUGGGUGCAGAAUCCAAGAGGGUUUCAUGCACUGUCGUUGUUCUGCUAGCUGCUGUGUGCAGCUUUGCACAAGCUGCAGAACAAGAAGCAAAUAGUAAUGCCGAUGCUAAUGUGAACAUGAAGGCGCGUCGCCUCGGUGGCCUCGGCGGUGCCGGGUGGGGACACGGAGGAUUUCACAGGUGGGGCAGCGGUGGCGACCAUCUAGGGUGGGCCGGCCACGGUGGCGGCGACGAUCACGGUGGUUGGGGAAGCUGGGGGAGCUACGGCCACGGUAUUGAUCGCGGUCACGGCGGUACAGGGUGGCCCGAGGGAUACGGACCCAAUUAUCCAUAUGCUCCAGGGAGCGGAUAUGGAUCGGGUUGGGGCUACGGAUAUGGUCAGGGAACCGGAUACAUGUGCUACCCGGCUAAUUGCCCCACUUGCCAUGCACAAAGCUUCCUCCUCACAAAAACCGCGAUACAUCCCGGUGCCGAUCGUUCUGACAAAGCUGCCAAAAAUAAGAAUGCGGCCCCUGGAGCAUCGUCGGAAUCUAACAACAACAACAACAAAAAAUAGGAAUUUGGUGAAACUGCAAUGAACAACGGAAAGACCAACAAUGUAUAUGUAAUGUGAGAAAUGGGAAGUAUACAUCUUGAUGAUAUCUAUCUAUAAUAUAGUAUUAUACUACAUUAUAAGUCUGAAUGUAACACGUACUAUGUAUGUAUAUGGUACCAUUUAAAAAAAAUGUACGUAUAUGGUGAACCUUAAACUUAAACUACGUGUGUCAGGAGUCAUAUAUGAGUAUGGUCAGUUGUUGUCGACUAUUAUUAUAUUAUUAAUAAAACAGUGUCUUCUAUAUAUAAUCUUAUUUGUUUAGAUUUUGGAAUUUGAUUUGCGUCUUGGCUAGCUUCUGUAGUGCCCUCCCAAGAUUCUCUUGUGUUGGAUCGUUUUUGGGGGAUCGUUAUUG